ACGGUUGCUUCUCCCGGCGGGCGCGCGCGGCGGCAUCUCUCCCGGCGCCGGCGGAGCUCACGUCCGUGCGGCGGCGGCGCUCUAGGCGGCGGGACCAGGGCGAUGGGGGACCGCGCCGCGGGUGGCGGCGGCGGGAGCGGCGUGCGACGGGUGGGGGAGUACGUGCUGUUGAGGCAGAUCGGGUCGGGGGCGUACGCGCGGGUCUGGCUCGGGCGGCACUGCACGCGGGGCACUGAGGUGGCCUUGAAGGAGAUCGCCGUAGAGCGGCUUAGCAGCAAGCUCCGCGAGAGCCUCCUGUCCGAGGUCGACAUCCUCCGUCGCAUUCGUCAUCCAAAUGUCAUCGCCCUCCAUGAGUCCAUCAGGGAUGGUGGGAGGAUAUAUCUUGUAUUAGAAUACUGUCGAGGUGGUGACUUGCAUUCAUAUCUUCAGCGGCAUAAAAGGGUUUCUGAAUCGGUUGCUAAGUAUUUCAUCCAGCAGCUAGCAUCUGGUCUGCAGAUGCUUCGUGAAAACAACGUGGUACAUCGAGAUCUAAAACCACAGAACAUCCUUCUCGUUGCAAAUAAUGAAAAUUCCAUCUUGAAGAUCGCGGAUUUUGGAUUUGCAAAGUUUCUCGAACCUUCUUCUCUAGCGGAAACACUUUGUGGUUCACCGCUUUACAUGGCUCCAGAAGUCAUGCAAGCUCAGAAAUAUGAUGCAAAGGCAGAUCUGUGGAGUGUUGGUAUCAUUUUGUAUCAACUUGUUACUGGAUCCCCUCCUUUUACUGGGGAUAGUCAAAUCCAGUUGCUGCAAAAUAUACUCCACACACGUGAAAUACGAUUUCCAUCUGAUUGCAACUUGAGUCACGGCUGCAUUGACUUAUGCAGAAAGUUACUCCGGAUCAAUUCAGUGGAACGUCUUACGGUUGAAGAGUUUGUAAACCAUUCAUUUCUUGCUGAACAUGCUCUGGAGAGAACCUUGAGCCGGACACCAUCGGACAUAAGAGAUGGCUUACCAUUCAAUAAUAGCAGCCCUACGAGACCUUCGAGCCAAAGCUCUCAGGACGAUUGUAUGCCUUUUCCUCUAGAUGAUGAGCCAACUAGCCAGGAUGAAAGUCCUGUUCCUGAGAACAAGAGUGCAAUAAAGUCCUAUGGGUUUGCCAUAAGUAAAAGGCUUGACAAAACUUCAGGUCAGAGUCUGUCUAAACAGGCAAGUCUGAUCUCCAAAUAUAUUAAGGGAAGUAAUUGUUCUCCUAGUAUUCAACACCUGGACCAUCCUAGGAGAAUCAAGGAAAACAAGGUUGAUGGAGGACACAAUCCUAAAGGUUAUCCAGAAGAUUCCCCUAUCAUUGAUUCAUUAGAGUUUGUAGAUCAGGAAUAUGUCUUUGUGUCUGGACCACGCCCAGAGGGAUCCUCCUCAAUGAAUGACUCCCAACAGCGAAACAUGCCAUCAAAAUAUGACUAUUCAUCUCAUUCACCACCAAAGUCUCAGACUGCUGUGAGUGCACCAAGGCCAAUAAAUGGCAUGGCAAACAGACAACAAUCUGGUGGAACAGGUAGCUUGGACAGUCACUGCUCUCCAGUAUCUGGCACUUCACAAGGAUCUGCAGACCUCAAUGAUGCUAUGGAUCAACCACCAUCUGAUUGUCUUACCAGGGUUAGAUUAUUGGAGCAGUAUGCAUCUACCACAGCAGAAUUGGUGAAAGAAAAGAUUAAAGAUGGCAAGCACUUAGAGGCAUUUUCAAUUCAGCUAGUUGUUCUUGCUACCUGGAAGCAAGCAAUUUACAUAUGCAAUACCUAUGCAUCUUUGGCUACAAGAGAGAGUCCUUCACACGAUAUUACUGCUAAGGGGUUCAGUUCAGAUGCUACCCAUUUGUUUGCAAACUCUCAACUGGUAAAUGAUACAUACAUGGAGAUAGAGAGGCAGUUUUUGGUUCAAAUGGAAUAUGCUGAAGAACUUGCCAGCACCAUAGGACAAACAAUUGAUGCUACAGAAAUGCCAGAUGCGAUAGAAAUCAUAUUUCAGACUGCGCUACAACUAGGAAGGGAUGGUGGCGUUGCUGAGAUGAUGGGGAAAUCAACAUCUGCAAUGGUGCUGUACUCGAAGGCGGUAUCCAUGCUGCGCUUUCUCCUGAUUGAGGCGCCGUCACUCGCUCUGAACCCGCCUCUGUCUCUGACAAGAGAUGAUCGACGCCGCCUGCGGACAUACAUUGAAGCCGUCAACGCUAGGCUCGUCCCGUUGCAGUACCAGCGGCACUGACUGCUGCUUUCCUUCACCUGUACAAUAUUCUUUCAUCUGUACAUAUCAUAUUCGUUGGCCCAAACUAGGGCGUGUAAGAUAUGCCAUGUCUGAGAACGUGCUCCGGUUAGGGAGAAGCAGCGAAAAUCCAGUGUAACUUGCCCAAACCGCUAUUGUGUAACGUGAGCUCCGUGCGCUGCUACGCAUGGUAGUUUCAUUGUCGAGCGGCUCAAGUUGGCAGCUGAAGACCGACAAUGGCCGUUCGGUGGAAAUGUAAAGCAGACUGCUACCUUGAUGGUUUUUUCCAUUAAAAUUUGGGCUUUUACGCAA